AUGGCUGAACCUACCGAACCCUUUGGUGCUGAAGAGCACGACCCUCACUUCGAACCCAUUGUUCGACUUACCGAACAAGUUGAGGCUAAGACUCACGAGGAAGAUGAGGAAGUUCUUUUCAAGAUGCGAGCAAAGCUCUUCAGAUUCGCUAAAGAAUCACUUGAAUGGAAAGAAAGAGGUACAGGUGAUGUUAGACUUCUCAAACACAGAGAAUCUAAGAAAAUUAGAUUGGUUAUGAGGCGUGAUAAAACCUUGAAAGUUUGCGCAAACCAUAUUGUCUCGUCUGACAUGAAACUUUCACCCAACGUUGGAUCUGAUAGAUCUUGGGUAUGGAAUGUCGCUGCCGAUUACGCUGAAGGCGAAGCUGCCCCAGAGACUUUAGCAAUCCGAUUCGGUAACUCAGAGAACGCCAACCUCUUCAUGACUGCUUUCGAAGACGCUCAAACUCACAACUCCGGCUCCGGUUCUUCAGCUGCUCCUGCCGAAGAGACUAAGGAAGAGACAGCUGCUCCUGCCGCUACUGAAGAGACCAAAGAAGUUGAACCUGUCAACGACACUUCUGCUUCUGCUGAAAAGGAGGAAGCUAAAGAAGAGACAGUAUCCGAAGACACCACCGCCGCUCCUUCAACCCAUCAACCAUCUGAGACUACCGCUCCUGCUACUACUGAAGAAACAAAAGAAGCUGAAACCGUAGCUGAUCUCAAGGAAGAAGCAGUAAUUGAAAAGGCCGAAGCUGCAGAUGAAAAGAGAGAUGAAACUGCUUAG